AUGACCAAGGAAUUAGUCUUCGACGUCCGCUAUGUCAACGAACUCGCCCACACCCACUACGGGGACGGCCAAAAGCUAGCCAAGCAGCUUAUGGGGAUCUACAACCAAUAUAAUGUGGAAGUCGCGGAUAAUUUCGACUCGCCCGUGUCCGAGACCCUUAUGAGUCUUGUGCCGGUGUCGGCUCCAGAUGGUACGACUGUUGACGAUUUGAGGAUGGUGAAAGUUCCUCCGGGCUUGAUGAUUGAUAUCUUGGAUUUUGAUAUGUACUAA